AUGGGCGGUUCCUGUCGAUACCAAGGUCGAAUAAUCCACGUAGCACUCGGGAUUGAGAGAGAACAGGACAAGUAUGCUUCCAAGUUGCCGCAUCCAUAUCAUUGCCGGUACUACCUGCAAUAUCUGACGCCAAGAGUGCCCAUAUUCAUACUACCCCAGGUCCGCGCUCCUCGCCGAAUCUCCAAGUCGACGUCCAAGUCGCCAUAUGAGAAGCUGCCACUGGUUUAA